GCCAAUGAGGUGUAUCGAGGUUAUUCCGGUGGUGUCUGGGUGUUGAAGUGUAGUUGCCCUUUACUUCUUCGAGAACUCGACGCUUGUUUAUGCCAUGGAAUAUGUCUCACUUGGUGGUAAGGAGUUCAAUGAGCCUCCGUUGUUGUCUCUUCCACCAUACUGUACGGAGGUUCUCUUGUGCUUCACACCUGAGGAAGUCACCAGCAUUCCCACUACCAAUUGGCACCAGUUCUGGUGGAUCGUCGAAGGUACCGUUGAAUGCAGAGAUCAUACUCCCGCAGAUAUGUGACCCGGUCUUGAAGAAGGUGGUUCUUGACCCCAAUAGCUGGGACCAGACAGCAUACCAUACGCUUGAGAGCAUCGGUGAUGGAGCCAUAUAUCUCAUAGUGCUGGAACUAGUGCAUGAGAUGUACCCUGAGCAUGAGAAGUAUCCUGGGCUGCUGAACCAACUAAGAAGUCAGCUGACUUCUAAUGAAAAGCUCUCAGAAUGGUUUGAGCUUUUACAGAUGCAAAAUAGGCUCCUUAAUCUACCAAGUAAUACUGUCCUUUCUGGUGGCCGGAAAGCUGAUUUCAUGGAGUCGUAUUUCGGUGCCUUGUUAAAGGACCCGUCCCAUGGUUAUGACAGUGUCGUUGCACUCAUGAAGAGUCUUGUAAAUCUGGAAAAGACUUUUAUCAAAGCAUUCUUCAACAAUAAUAUAACUGAUAAGAUGAAGUGCUUUCCUGGAAUUCCACUUGGAGAUGUUCUGAAGAGGAGAGAAAGACAACGAUAUGAAUCUAUCAAUAUCACAUCUCAAAGGAAACGAGUAUCGCCUAUGAACGACAACUUCUUUCGAGUGGAUACAUCUGUAUUGGAAACCAUGGCACAUCCAGAUACAAUAGCAGUCCCUAUCCCUGAUACCGAGAUAUCAGAGUCUGUCAUGGAAAGUAUAUCCAGAAAGAAAGAAGGGCCUAUAUCCGAGGAAUCGACAGCUGAGGACAUCAAGUUUGCAGACCUUUGGUAUGAGACUGGUACUAAUCCAGAAGCUGUGGUUGAUUGGCUUUUUGGAAAGCAACUUGCACGGUUUGAGUAUCAGCAUUCACCUUCGACAAAGCUAUGGUCCACAACUAUCAAAAUUGGUGAUGUUACUAUAGCUGAAUCGAGAAACGACGUAAAUAUGGCCAGGUCAAGGAGAAAUUCUGUAAGGAGAAUCUUCCUAAUUGAGCCUUCAAUACUCAAGAUGGCUUUAAAAAAUUCCUCUAGAAUUUCAGCUAGAGCUGUGGACCGUGCUGUGAGAUCUAUUAAGAGGGCAAGACAAAGUGAGCAUUUUAAGAAUUUUAUCUGGCUUCACACUGCUCCUUUAACAGUGAUCUACGAAGAGCACCAAACUACAGAUGAGAGAUGGAUAUUUACACUGGCAAGAGAGCCUACAACAGCUUUAGCCAAUCUUUUCUAUCCUCUCGUCACCGUUUUGAAAGUUGAUUCCUCUAAUGGUUCACCAGAUGUUUACUUUACGGUUGAAGGAACAGAAUUGAUGAAAGUCCAGGCUAAAUCCAUCAUUUCAGGGAAGAUGGAAUGUUGUCUGAAGGUAUUUCAUCUGGAUAGAAAGGACUUGGAUCGCUUGAUCGGUGUCAAGGGAUACUUUAAAGUGGAUUCGAAGUACUUGGAUGCUGUGUUCGCCAAGAUGAAACACGUGCAGACCCUUCUGGCGAACACUGAAUGAAAUGAACAAGGCAUAUGUACGUAUUGUAUGAAUUAAUGAAACAGUUCUCAGACUUCAAAGCUCCUGUAAAGUUGUAGAUGAACAUUUCCAUGAAACGUUGAAUUUCACGGCAAUUGCACAUCAAAAAUUACCAUAUUUGUAGAUCAAUCGGAUCACCAUUAUGAGAACAACAUAGUA